UGGCAUGCCUCCGUUGCCAAAUUAACUCUCAAUAAAUGGGCGCACAUUGCAAUCUGCUAUGGAUAUUACGAAAACGUCUCGUGAGUCGGUUCACAGUGUAAAUGCUUAAUUUUAUUGUGUCAGUCCUCGGUCCGGCAUAACAGUGUGUUGUGCCAGUGUUAACGGUCGCGCGCGCGAACCCUAAACUUUUUCCCGCCAUAUUUUCGGCGUCCAUUUUUCAGUGAUGUGAAUGACAGAUGAUUAAGACGGAAUUAAUUAAGGAUUUAAGUUGAUUAGUUGGAAUUUAAGUGAUAAGUGUUUUACCGGAUCCGAUAAUAAAGGGCACACCCGGGCGAUAUGAACAAGAAGUCACAUAAGAAAAAGCAGAAGAAGCGAGGGAAAGGCGAUGGCAAGAAUAAAGAGAACAUCAUAGAAGUCGUGGAUGACUGCAAGGAUGAAGAGCCGUCGCCUGAACCUCCAGUCGAGAAGAAGAAUGUCUGCUACGACAUCAGAGAGUCAGAUGUUAUGGGCAGAUAUCUGGUGGCGAACCGUGACAUCCGACCUGGUGAGGUGAUCGUGGAGGAGCCGGCGAUAGCAGUGGGACCCUGCACUGGCUGCGGCCUCAUCUGCCUCGGAUGCUAUCGGGAACUGGACGAAACAAGCUUGACUAAAUGUAAAGGAUGCAAAUGGCCGAUGUGCAGCAGUUCGUGCCCCGGCUUCGGAAAGUACACGGGCCACUCAACGUAUGAGUGCGAAACCUUGAAGGGCAUACCUCCAGACUACUCCAAACUUGAAGAUUUAAAAGACUCUUAUCAAGCACUCAUGCCUUUGAGAUGUCUUCUCCUAAAGACAGCAGACCCAGCAAAAUGGGCGGCACUGUCAGCCAUGGAGGCACACAACGAGCUGCGACGCGCCCGCGGAGACAUCUGGCCUAUUAACGAGAAGAACGUGGUGCAGCGAUUCAAGAAGUGGAAGCUGCUGUAUGAAGACCAGGAGAUACAUACCGUGUGCGGGAUACUUGAGGUUAACGCCUUCGAAGUCGGAGGCAGUGGCGCGAACGCCCGCGCGCUGUACGACCGCGCGUACCUGCUGGCGCACGACUGCACGCCCUCCACCACGCACACCGACGCCGAGCGGCUGCCGGGCCGCCCGCUCACCAUCAGGGCGUCAGUGCCGCAUAAAGCAGGGGACCUUAUAUCACUGUGCUAUGCUUAUACGCUACAGGGCACCCUAAAACGUCGUGAACACAUAAAGCACAGCAAAUUCUUCGACUGCUGCUGCAAGCGCUGCUCCGACCCCACAGAGCUGGGCACAUACGCCAGCGCCUUCCGCUGCCCGCGCUGCGCCGGCCGCGUGCUGCCCACGGCGCCGCUCAUGCCGCUUGAGAUAUGGCGCUGUAUCGACAAUGGCUGCGAGUACACCAUGACUGCGCCUUCAGUGCAGCUGCUGCUUAAGAGACUAACAGACGAGUUCGAGCAGAUAGACGCAAACGACGUGCGCGGCUACGAGGGCUUCUUACACAAGUACCGCAACGUCAUCCACCCCACGCACUACCUGUGCCUCUCCGCCAAGCACUCGCUCAGCCAGCUGUACGGCAAGGUGGCCGACUACAUGAUACACGAGAUGCCCGAAGCCGAGCUUAACAGGAAGAUUGAAAUCUGCAGGGAUCUGAUGAAGGCGUUCGAUGUUAUUGAGCCGGGGUACUCCAGGUUGAGAGGUGUGACUUUAUAUGAGCUACACGCUCCUCUCAUGAUCCUGACCACGAGAGACUUCGAAAAGAAAGCGAUCACCAAAGACAACUUGAGAACCCGACUUAAGGAGAUCGUGCGCUACCUGACAGAGUCAGCUCUCAUCCUCGGCUUCGAGCCGCGCCAGUCCUCCGAGGGUCUGAUGGCCUCCGCCGCCAGGGACGCGCUCAAGAAGAUCAAGACCUGGGAACAGAUCAUCGGCAAGAUAUCAUGAUGACCUGCCUCCAGUAGAAAUGUUCAUGAAGAGAUGUGCCAAUUGAUCAGAUGGUUGGGAGUGAAAUGAACUGUGAAUUUUGUAAACUCAAUUAUAAAGUCCAAAGUCAAAAAAAUUCUGUCAUAUUUUAUAAGGAGUUUUUUUUUACACAGAAUUAAUAUUUUCGCAAUUUGUAAACCAAUUUUGAUUUCAAAUGUCAAUAAUAAUAUGUAGAAAUUGUUUUGUUGGUAUAAAAAUGAUGAAUAUUAAAAAAUAUAUAUAUUUAAAACGUAUACGAUUGUAGUGGCUAUUAUGUAAAUUAGGACUUUGGCGGACCUGUGUAUUUAUUAAUUGUAGGUAAAAUUAAAUACGUGGAAUUGUUUUUAGGUAUUUAUCGUUUUAUAAUAAAAAUGUUCUCAUUCUCCUUAUUUACUGACUAUUUACAUGAAAUUCUCGUUUAACUCUCUUGUUUUCUAUAAUAUUCCAUUUCAUAUUUUUAAUUUAUUCUAAUGUGGUAUCGUUCUUAAAAACGUAUCGGAAAUAAUAAUUUAUUUUUGUUAAAGAUUUAUUUAUUCAUUCCUUCUACUAAAAGACAUUAAUAUUGUGUGAAAUAUUUUUAUAAAAAUUAUUCAACCUUCUGUAAACUAAUUUAGCAUUAAAGUAAUUUAUUUGAUUCA